CAAAGGAGAAAAGGAGCCGAGGCGGAAGGCGUCGAGCAAGAAGAAGAAGAAGAAGAAGGAGAGCGAGCCAGAGGCCAAGGCAGCACUCUCUGGAUCCAUCGAUCUCUUUGCCAGGGCAAGGGAAGACAGGCAGCGCAGACCUCGACACCGCAAGAUGGCUCAGGCAAAGUUGGCUCAGCACGCGGUGAAAACUGCCACUAGUGGCACCGGACCCAGCGUUAUCAAGGAAAUCGUUUACGGAACCGGCCUCGGCAUUUUCGUCGGCUCUUUCUGGAAGAUGUACCACGUAAACUCAAGGCGAAAGGUCGAGGACUUCUACGCUUCCUAUGAGAAGGGAGAAAUCACAGUCGAAGCUCAAGGAUAGAGAUUCAGGUGUCAAUUUUGACCUACCAUACUUUUGAGGAGAAUAUCCCUCAAUUCAAUUCCGUGGAGUGGUUUGCAAGAUCAAUUUCUUGCUAUGUCUGCAUACGAAAGCUUGGAUUCAUUCCAAGUGUUGUCUACUUAGUCCGGAUGGUGUGUUAAAACUUUGAGGAGGAGAAACAAGUUGGCUUGGAGAAUCAUGCAGAUACUCUUACUCUUCUAGUCAUAUUGUACCCCUCAGGUUCAACUUAGUUACUCACGGUUAUGGAUUGAUUCUUGAAGCCAAGCCAAGGCUGGCUGCAAUUUUAAUAAGUACUACGCGAAUUCCAGGAGUACACCAUACACUCUUCUUUCAGCAAUCAUGAAGGAAUCGUGGCUUCGCACUAAUAAGCGGAUAUGAUCAUUUCCUGCCAUAGUGUAUUUUCUUGGGUGCCCCUGAUGAAGUGGCUUUUCUGCCUGCUGUAUGUUAUGGUUCAUUUGGAUGUGUCUAA